CACCCAGACACCCCUGUAUAUUUUUUUUCUAUUUUCUAAUUGUGUGUUUUCCUUUUUCAAUAUAAAUUUUUCAAAGGGAUAAAACUACAGAUACAGCUGAGGCCUGUAUGUAUCCUUGUUGAUCCUGUUUCCCUCUCUUGCCUUCUCUUGCCCACUUCUAAAGAAUUCAGCAUACAAUUGAAAUAAAAUGUCAACCUCCUGGAGUGAUCGGUUACAGAAUGCAGCGGAUAUGCCUGCUAACAUGGAUAAGCAUGCCCUGAAAAAGUAUCGGAGAGAAGCCUAUCAUCGGGUGUUUGUGAACCGAAGUUUAGCCAUGGAAAAAAUAAAGUGUUUUGGUUUUGAUAUGGAUUACACACUUGCUGUGUACAAGUCCCCGGAGUAUGAGUCUCUUGGCUUUGAGCUUACUGUGGAGAGAUUAGUUUCUAUUGGCUAUCCUCAGGAGCUGCUCAGCUUUGCUUAUGAUUCUACAUUCCCUACCAGGGGACUUGUCUUUGAUACACUAUAUGGAAAUCUUUUGAAAGUUGAUGCCUAUGGAAACCUCUUGGUCUGUGCACAUGGAUUUAACUUCAUAAGAGGUUCUCAGGUAGCUGCUCAGAAGAGACCAGAAACUAGAGAGCAGUAUCCAAAUAAAUUUAUCCAGCGGGAUGACACCGAAAGAUUUUACAUUCUGAACACACUGUUCAACCUACCAGAGACCUACCUGUUGGCUUGCCUAGUAGAUUUUUUUACUAAUUGUCCUAGAUAUACCAGCUGUGAAACAGGAUUUAAAGAUGGGGACCUCUUCAUGUCUUACCGGAGUAUGUUCCAGGAUGUAAGAGAUGCUGUUGACUGGGUUCAUUACAAGGGCUCCCUUAAGGAAAAGACAGUUGAAAAUCUUGAGAAGUAUGUAGUCAAAGAUGGAAAACUGCCUUUGCUUCUGAGUCGAAUGAAGGAAGUAGGGAAAGUGUUUCUUGCCACCAACAGUGACUAUAAAUACACAGAUAAAAUUAUGACUUACCUGUUCGAUUUCCCACAUGGCCCCAAGCCUGGGAGCUCCCAUCGACCAUGGCAGUCCUACUUUGACCUGAUCUUGGUGGAUGCACGGAAGCCACUCUUUUUUGGAGAAGGCACAGUACUGCGUCAGGUGGACACAAAAACUGGCAAGCUGAAAAUUGGUACCUACACAGGCCCCUUACAACAUGGCAUCGUCUACUCAGGAGGUUCAUCUGAUACAGUCUGUGAUCUCUUGGGAGCUAAGGGCAAGGACAUUUUGUAUAUCGGAGAUCACAUUUUUGGGGACAUUUUAAAAUCAAAGAAACGACAAGGGUGGCGAACUUUCUUGGUGAUUCCUGAACUUGCACAGGAGCUGCACGUCUGGACUGAUAAGAGCUCACUUUUCGAAGAGCUUCAGAGCUUGGAUAUUUUCUUGGCUGAACUCUACAAGCACCUUGAUAGCAGCAGCAAUGAGCGCCCUGACAUUAGUUCCAUCCAGAGACGUAUUAAGAAAGUAACACAUGACAUGGACAUGUGCUAUGGGAUGAUGGGGAGCCUGUUCCGCAGCGGCUCCCGACAGACCCUCUUCGCCAGCCAGGUGAUGCGGUACGCUGACCUCUAUGCAGCCUCCUUCAUCAAUCUGCUCUAUUACCCCUUCAGCUACCUCUUCAGAGCUGCCCACGUCUUGAUGCCUCAUGAAUCAACGGUGGAACAUACACAUGUAGAUAUUAAUGAGAUGGAGUCCCCUCUUGCUACCCGGAACCGCACAUCAGUUGAUUUCAAAGAUACUGAUUACAAGCGGCACCAGUUGACCCGGUCGAUUAGUGAAAUUAAACCCCCCAACCUCUUCCCACUGGCCCCCCAGGAAAUUACACACUGCCAUGAUGAAGAUGAUGAUGAAGAGGAGGAAGAAGAGGAAGAAUAAGGAGGAAAACCAAAACUGAGCAUCCAUUAAACACGUUUUGGCAGGACUUCCAGGAGCAAAGGAUAUCCCUGUUUGCGUUCUAGUGGUGGGUGGGGGAGCUCCAUCAAAGGUACAUGUGCGAAGUUUCUGAAGACCUUAAAAUAUUCUAAUCAUAGAUACUUUUUAGUAGUUUUGUUUGCACUCUGCAGAUGGUUCACAAUUGUAAUGGAGUCUGUAUUGGAAGAAAGCAAGGGUAAAGCCGGGCCGAACUGCAUGCAGAAGGCUCCAUUGUGGCUUGUGACACCAUUUCCUUGUCUGGUUUCAUCCUCAGUAUAUAUUGGAUAUACCAGGGCUAGUGAAGAGUAUCUGAGUGGAACGAAGAGGUGAUCUGAAAAUGAUAUGUUACAAAUUGUGCUCUUAUUCCAAAGUCCAUCCUGAAAUUUUCAGUGCAUUACAUAGUAUUGUAUGUCAGUGGAGAAAUAUAUUGUUUCCAUUACCAAAUGCGGUCUUCUGUUAAGGUCAAGGUUCCGUUUACAAGCUUUGAAGUGUCCUCAGUGCCUGGGGGCAGACUGCAGGCUUCAGUGGUCUUGCACAAGUGUUUGGUUUGCUAUAGGGCUUGCCUGGAAUGUACUGCAGUGAUUCUGUCUUGAGGUAAAAGUCUUCAUCUAAUCUUACAUUUUUUUGAUAGUAGAAAUGCUUGUUAUCCAAAAGCGGUCUUUUUCUCAUCUGGAGUGAAUCUAGAGAAAGAAUUCAGCUGAAAGAGGACAAAGGAGCAAGCCCCGUGAAAGAGCAUAACUGAGUAAAGUCAUUAGCGUGGGCCAGUGUGGCUCGUGCCGCCCAGACUUCCGGCCUUCCCUGUCCUCUAGAGUGGACUGUAUUCCACAGUCAAGCAUGAGAGGAUGGGAAGAGGGUUCUAUCAGUCAGAACCUUACUAAAGCAGAGGGCACAAUCAUGUGAAUAAAUGCACUUCAGAAUCCCAAGAGAAAUCACUUGUUAUUUUGAACAAGAAGGGAUUGUUACUGUGUCCUAGAGGGUACCGGGCUGCCUUGCCGUCGGCAGAGUGGCUAUAGCAGUUUGAAUAGUGCAGACUUUCCCUUUAACCUUUAUAUAUUCCUUCCAUUCUUCCUGGUGAACACAGAAGGUAGAUUAGUUGCUCUAGAAUUCAAUAAAGUAUAUUUCUAAUACUGA